AAUCAGAGAGAGAGAGACAGAGACAAACAGAGGUGUUUCCCUUAGCUAUGGAAACUCUAUAAGAGAGAUCCAGCUUCUCUUCUCUUGAGCAGUCAGCAACAGGAGUCCCGUCCUUGACAUCUCAGCCUCUACAGGAUUAGGAAGAAAUAAGACCAUUUGCUGGGGCUGGCUGGAGUCACCGGCUGCCAUGCAGCAGCCCUUCAAUUACCCAUAUCCCCAGAUCUACUGGGUGGACAGCAGUGCCAGCUCUCCCUGGGCCCCUCCAGGCACAGUGCUUCCCUGUCCAACCUCUGUGCCCAGAAGGCCUGGUCAAAGGAGACCACCACCACCGCCACCGCCACCGCCACCACUGCCACCUCCACCACCGCCACCACUGCCACCUCCACCACCACCACCACUGCCUCCACUACCACUGCCACCCCUGAAGAAGAGAGGGAACCACAGCACAGGCCUGUGUCUCCUUGUGAUGUUCUUCAUGGUUCUGGUUGCCUUGGUAGGACUGGGACUGGGGAUGUUUCAGCUCUUCAACCUUCAGAAGGAGCUGGCAGAACUCCGAGAGUCUACCAGCCAAAGGCAUACAGCAUCAUCUGUGGAGAAGCAAAUAGGCCACCCUAGUCCACCCCCUGAAAGAAAGGAGAUGAGGAAAGUGGCCCAUUUAACAGGCAAGCCCAACUCAAGGUCCAUGCCUCUGGAAUGGGAAGACACCUAUGGAAUUGUCCUGCUUUCUGGAGUGAAGUAUAAGAAGGGUGGCCUUGUGAUCAAUGAAACUGGGCUGUAUUUUGUAUAUUCCAAAGUAUACUUUCGGGGUCAGUCUUGCAACAACCUGCCCCUGAGCCACAAGGUCUACAUGAGGAACUCUAAGUAUCCCCAGGAUCUGGUGAUGAUGGAGGGGAAGCUGAUGAGCUACUGCACUGCUGGGCAGAUGUGGGCUCGCAGCAGCUACCUGGGGGCAGUGUUCAAUCUUACCAGUGCUGAUCGUUUAUAUGUCAAUGUAUCUGAGCUCUCUCUGGUCAAUUUUGAGGAAUCUCAGACAUUUUUUGGCUUAUAUAAGCUCUAAGAAAAGCACUUUGGGAUUCUUUCCAUUAUGAUUCUUUGUUACAUGCCCUGAGACUGUUGUAUUCAAUGAGGGUCUUCUGACACCCAUUUGAGGUCAAGUAAGAAGACAUGAACUAAGUGGACCUUGAGACCACAGGGUUCAAAAGGUCUGUAGCUCCUCACUCACCUAUGUUUAUGAGCCAGACAAAUGGAGGAACAUGACUGAAGAACAUCUGGGCUGCCAUGUGAAGAGGCAGAAGCGUGGAAAAGCAGCUGCUAGGUGUUCUACAUUCAUCUUCAGUGCCUGAAAGUAUUUGGGCACAUUGAAAAAGACACCUUUUAACUCACCUCUCAGGGUGGGCCUUGCUACCUCAAGGGUGACUGCCUUUCUGAUACAUGGUUGUGACAUGAGUGUUUAAGGGAUGGGAAAGGAGGACUAGAAGCUUGCAUAAUAAGCUAAAGAGGCUCAAAGAAGCCAUGCUCCACUAGCAGCAUCUUCACUUAUAAACACAUAGCCUGAGCCAUCGCUGAUAGUAACAGAGAAGCAAGAGCGAUAUUAUGGGAACCCAUUCCAUUCCUAACACAGCAUGUGUAUUUCCAGUGCAAUCGUAGGGGUAUGUGUGUGUGUGUGUGUGUGUGUGUGUGUGUGUGUGUGUGAGUGUGUGAGACUAAAGAGAGAAUGUAGAGAUUGUGAAAUACGUAUUAGAAAAAUAUGGGUUGCAUUUGGUGAUAGAGUUUGAAUGCUUCUUCACAAUAAACUCUAAUAGUUCUUAAAAAUCAUUGAUUUUCAGCUACUGAUGAAGUUUUCCUAUAAUAUAAUAAAUAUUUAUAUAGAUGUACAUUUUUGGGAAAAGAAAACGUGUAAUAUAUGUUAGGAUACA